GUUAGGUCAUUUUACUUUUCGUCGCUUCGCCAACUUUUGUCUGAUCUGAAUUAUUUAUGUAUUUUUGAGUUAAAAACAGCCCAAAACCAUGUCUUUCUUAGCGCAAAGUGUGCGCCAGGUGCUGCGGCAGGCGCCCAAUCGCAGUUUGUCGCUAGCAGGUGCCAUGCGCUCGCUGAGCGUUUCGCCGGCGUUUGGGCAGCAAAAUAAACCGGCGACGGAAUCCGUGGAUAUAUCCGCCAUAGCCAAGGACCAGCAGAAGGAGUGCCAGAGCAUCUGCGACCGAAUCAACCGCCAGGUGCAAAAGUCCGAGCAGGGACGCCUUUUCGCGGUGGUCCAUCUGUGCGGCAAGCAAUUCAAAAUAACCCCUGGCGACAUCAUCCUGGUGGAGGGAUACUGGCCCCCAACGAUAGGCGAUGAGAUCAGCCUGGACAAGGUCCUUCUGGCCGGCGCCCGGGACUUCACCCUCGUGGGCAGGCCCAUUCUGGAACCCGGACUUGUUUCCGUGAAGGCCACAGUGGUGGAGAAGACACUCAGCCACACGAAGACCCACUUCCGGAAGAAGCGCAGGAAGCAGUACAUGAGGAUCAACUUCCAGCGGUCCCCGCACACCAUGGUCAGGAUCAACUCCAUCGAACUGGCUCGUCCGGUGGACGGGGAAGGCCCUCCCUCGGAGCCCUCGAAGCGCUUGUUUUAGUUUAGAAUGCUGUUGAUCAAGAAUAAUAAAUGAAAUCGUUGGAAGGUAAUUAAGAAGUUGAA